AUCGCUUGUAUCAAAACUGUCAUAUGUGAGCGGGGUGAUAUUUCGUCGACACAGGCCCACUGAAGCACAGACAUGGCUGCAAAAAGAGCUCUGGUGAUUUUGGCGAAAGGUGCUGAGGAGAUGGAGACUGUGAUCCCUGUGGAUGUCAUGCGCAGAGCUGGGAUCGCUGUUACCCUGGCAGGAUUGUCAGGUAAGGAACCUGUGCAGUGCAGCCGUGAUGUCCUGAUCUGUCCUGACUCCAGCCUUGAAGAUGCUCGGAAACAGGGUCCAUAUGAUGUUGUACUGCUACCAGGAGGUUUGCUUGGAGCUCAGAACCUUUCUGAGUCUCCUGCGGUGAAAGAAGUGUUGAAGGAGCAGGAGGGCAGGAAGGGUCUGAUCGCUGCAAUCUGUGCAGGCCCAACGGCUCUUUUGGCUCAUGGUAUCGCAUAUGGCAGCACGGUUACCACCCAUCCAGGUGCCAAGGACAAAAUGCUGGCUGGAGAUCAUUAUAAAUAUUCAGAGGCUCGUGUUCAGAAGGAUGGUAAUGUGAUCACCAGCAGAGGACCGGGAACCAGCUUUGAAUUUGCAUUGACUAUAGUCGAAGAGCUCAUGGGUGCUGAGGUGGCUGCCCAAGUCAAAGCCCCAUUAAUCUUAAAAGACUAAUCAUCAAACUGUGAAGAUCUGCACUGUUUAAAGUUGCACUUACCAAUAUGUUCUGUCAAUAUUAAACUUGAUUGGUUUAAAAUGUA